AUGCCAAAAGGGAAAGAGAUUAGGGAAAGAUUUAGAAGUUUGGAGGCGAGACUGGAGAGGUGGCAGACGGGAGAAGAGGACUUGGAUCCAGACGAGGAAGAAAAAAGGGGAAGAAAGAGGAGUAUGAAUGUAUGGAUAAACGGCUUGCUAGUGAAAGAAAAGAACGGUCAAGCAGAUGAGAGAGGAGCCGAGGAGAUCAGAGAAAGAGAAAGAGAGACAAGGAGGGGAGUUUACGAGGAGCAGGAGAGUGAAAAGAGCAGAGAAGAGCGAGGAGAAGCAGGAAAGAAGGAGAGACGGCGAGAAAGCAUGAGGGGAAAGAGACGAAGAGGCGGAGAGAGCAGAGGAAGACAGGAGAAAGAAGAGAGGAGGAGAGGCCCCUUGAUGAAAAACGGAAAGAGGAAAUCAAGGAGAAGUAGAAGGAGGAGAGCAGAGAUGAAGGGAGAUGAAUGGAAGAAGGACAAUGAAGAAGGGGCAAAAGAGAGGAGAGAGUGGGAUUAG